AUGCUUCUCUCCUCCACUCUUGUCGCCUUGGGCGCCACUCUGACCGCGGCCCUGACUCCCCUUGAGGUCCAAGGCAAUGCCUUCGUGAACCCCAAGACCGGCAACAAGUUCCAGAUCGUAGGUGUCGACUACCAAAUCAAUGGUGCCGCUGGUUACGACCCUGCACACGGCCAUGACCCUCUGUCCGAAGCGGACGUCUGCCUCCGCGAUGCUGCCAUCAUGCAGGCUCUUGGCGUAAACGCUAUCCGCGUGUACAACCUCGAUCCCAACCUGAACCACGACGAGUGCGCCUCCAUCUUCAACGCCGCGGGCAUGUACAUGCUCAUCGAUGUCAACUCGCCCCUCCCUGGCGAGGCCAUUACCGCUUGGCAGCCGUGGACCAGCUACUACAUGGAGUACCUCAACCGUACCUUUGCUAUGGUCGAGGCUUUCAAGAGCUACCCGAACACCCUUCUCUUCUUCUCGGCCAACGAGGUAAUCAACAACGAAGCUACAGUCGUCGAUGUCCCUCCCUACCUGCGUGCCGUUACGCGCGACCUGAAGAACUACAUUGCCAAUCACGCCGACCGCAAGAUUCCCGUCGGAUACUCUGCUGCCGAUGUCCGCGAGUACCUAUGGGAUACCUGGAACUACAUGCAGUGCACGCAUGACGAGGACAAGGACGAUAUGAGCCGCGCUGAUCUUUUUGGCCUCAAUUCCUACUCCUGGUGUGGCGAGUCUGACUUUGAGAAGUCGUCCUAUGACGACCUCGUCGAUGGUCUCAAGGAUACUUCUGUCCCCGUCUUCCUCUCCGAGUACGGCUGCAAUAAAGUCACUCCCCGUCCCUUCACUGAGGUUGGCACCAUCUACGGUGACCAGAUGACUGGCGUCUUCUCUGGUGGUCUCGUUUACGAAUUCAGCCAGGAGACUCACAAGUUUGGCCUUGCUCAGGUUUUCAAGAACAACUCAGUUCACCUUCUCGAGGAUUACCACCUGCUGGCCGAGCAGUAUGCGAAGCUCGACUUUAAUACUUUGGAGGGCACUAAGCCUUCCAAGAACUCCCCCAAACCUCCCAAGUGCGACGCCUCCCUCAUCAAGACGAAGGAAUUCAACGCCAACUUCACGCUGCCUGUUGUUCCUCCUGGCGCUCAGGAACUCAUCGACAAUGGCAUCGAGAACAAGCCCUCUGGCAAACUCGUCAAGAUCUCUAACUGGGAGGUUGACUCGGACUUCAAGAUCUGGGAUGCCAACUGGAACCUUCUCACCCUCUCCGUCAAGCCCCUUGCUGACGAUGAGUCAAACAAGCCCGGCAACAACGAGGCUUCGACCGCAAGUGUGAGUGCUGGUCCCACGUCCUCUUCUGCGUCCUCGCCCGCAUCCACUUCCAAUGGCGGCACUGCCAACGCCGACGAGAGCGCCGGCAUUUCUGUCCGUCCCGCCGUUGCCUUUGCAAUUGCGGCGCCUAUUGCUCUCCUUUUGCUGUAA